GUGUGUGAUGAGUUUACGCUGCAGGAGCAGGAGAACGGCGGGAGCUGCGGCCAUAGCUACAGGAGAACGGUGAGCCUGUGUAAGAAAAGUAAUAGGUGGCGCACCAUACCAUCUUUGGUGGAACAAUUUCAAUCCCAAAAUGUCCAGUAAGAGAAAGAUUGAUGCAGAAGGAAGGCAAUUUAACGAUAGAUGGGAAAGCGAAUACAUGUUUGUGUUUCAAGGGGAAAACCCAGUGUGUCUUUUGUGUUAUGAGACAAUAUCAGUGAUAAAGGAAUACAAUGUACGUCGGCAUUUUGAGACCAAACAUGGAACCAAAUAUGCUAAAUUUAGCCUCCAAGAAAAACAACAAUUGGCGCAAGAAUUAAAAGGCAGACUGCAAUCGCAGCAAAAUGUGCUCACCAGAACUAUAGCCAAAAAUGAUGCAGCAGUGAAAGCCAGCUUUAUUGUGGCUGAAGAAAUUGCUCGAGCUUCAAAGUGUUUUUCAGAGGGUGCAUUUUUCAAGCAGCGCAUGCUAAAGGUGUGUGAGCAGGUGUGCCCUGAUCAAAUACAGACUUUUAAAAAUGUCAGUUUGUCAAGAAACACCAUCGCAAACCGUGUUAAGGAACUAGCAGGAAAUCUGACCACACAGCUGGUCGAAGAGGCGCGCAGUUAUAUGGCUUUUUCCUUAGCUGUGGAUGAGAGCACAGACAACACAGAUACAUCGCAUCUAUCCAUUUUUAUAAGAGGUGUGAAGGCGGACUUCUCUGUCACUGAGGAACUCUUGGAUGUAAUUACCAUGCAUGGGACGACAACAGGGAAGGACAUUUUUGAUGCGGUGGAGAAGUCCAUAAACAAUCAUAAGUUACCCUGGGAAAAGCUGGUGGGGCUAACUACCAACGGUGCCCCUGCAAUGUGUGGAGAAAAAACAGGCUUGGUUGGACUAAUGAAGGAGAAAUUGCAAAAAAGUAGCUGCGACACACCUCUGAUAACGUAUCACUGCAUUAUCCAUCCAGAAGCUCUGUGUGGAAGGGUUCUGGAACUGGAUAAUAUUAUGACCACAGUCAUGAAAACAGUGAACUUCAUUCGGGCGCGGAGCUUGAAUCAUGGCCAGUUCCAAGUGUUUCUGCAGGAAAUGGACUCAGAGCGUGAAGAUGUGCCAUACCAUACAGAAGUCAGGUGGCUGAGCAGGAGCGCAGUCCUGAAACAAUUUUUUGAGCUUAAGGAAGAAAUUGCACUUUUCAUGCAAAGUAAAGGAAAACCCUUGCCUGAGCUGUCAGAUCCAACCUGGCUGUGCGAUUUUGCUAUGUUAUGUGACAUAACCGAGCAUCUUGCCCAACUGAAUCAGAAGCUGCAGGGACGCAAACAAGUCAUCACGCAGAUGUCCGACGCGAUCACGGCUUUCCAGCGUAAACUUCACCUAUGGAAGUCCCAAGUGGACAAGGACAAUCUUGCCCACUUUCCUGUUUGUCAGAGCAUCUCAGCCUCAGUUCCCGGUGCUUUUUCAUGCACGCCCUUGGCUACCAAAUUGAGCCGGUUAAUUGAUGAAUUUGAUCAGCGCUUCUCAGACUUCAGAAGACAGCGCUCAAGCUUUGCCAUCUUUGCCAAUCCUUUCACCAUUGAUGUCGACAGUGCACCCCACAACCUUCAGUUGGAGUUAAUUGAUAUUCAAAGCGAUAGUUGCCUGAGAGUAAAGUUCGAGGAUGUUAAAAUUGAGGACUUUUACCGUCUACUGCCUCCUGCUUUGAUGCCACAGCUCCGACUUCACGCUGCUCGUAUUCUGUCACUGUUUGGGAGCACCUAUCUGUGCGAACACACGUUUUCAAUAAUGAAUCUAAACAAGACUAAGCACAGGUCACGCAUCACCGAUGACAACCUCCACGCUGUUUUACGAAUUGCCACAGCACAAGGCCUGAAACCAGACAUAGACACACUGACCUCGAGAAAACGGUGUCAGACAUCCAGGAAACAAAACAGUUGUGUUUCAGCUCCAGGCGCAGAAAAGCAGCAGAACCAGACCAGCGAUGCCGAUGCUGUGGCUGACAUCUGGACCAGCUGCACUGACUGAUGACCCCCUGCUCUGGUGCUGACCAAUCAGUAGAGACUAUGACCCUAAAAGGACACACCUGGAAAGCUGAUGAGUAUUCUAUUGGGAUCCUCCUAAUACCUCCAGACGAGGGCCUGGUGCUGCUCUCCCUCCCUGGAUCCUUCAGCAUUUUUCCUUCCGCCUGGUCUUCCCCCAGGCAUGUUAGCUUUACCUUUAUCUCUCCUAAGCUCCGAGGGCCCUUCUUCUGCCUCUGUAACUUGUUUCCUGAACUUGUACCCCACUGGCUCACUUUUCCUACCUCUGUGACUUUCCGAAUAAACUUUCUCUUAUA